CGAGAGGUGAACUCUGCAGGUAAUAGCGGAAUAAACAAAUCAAAAUCAUGGCAAGUCUACCAGUGAAUGACUCUUUGAAAAACGAGACUUCUCUACUGCCAGAGCAGAUCUGGAGCACCACUAACCACGUAGUGUACGCUAUCUUGCUGAUCACGUGGUUGCCGUCCUUUGUUAUGUUUGUCCUCAUGGCGUGUCUCUUCGACCGGGUGAUGACCUUCAUGGAGAGUACCAAGUACAUCCUCUUCAUGAACCUGAUGACCAGCGACACGCUCUACGUGCUCCUAUCGGGUGUGAUGAUGACAAUAAGAUUGGAGCGUAUCUCGCUGAUUCGCAUCCUCUGCUGUUUUUUAAUCAAUCUAAGUACGACGUUUCAAAUCAACAGCACCCUCACCAUCACGGCCAUGGCUCUGGAGCGCUACUUGGCCAUUUGUCAGCCACUGCGAUACCACCAACUGGCCCACCGGCAAUCCGGCCUGCAGGUCGUGGCUGGCGUCUGCAUACUGUCUCUGUCAGCGCCAACCAUCCGCCUCUUAUUGUGUAUUGCGAGCGGCUCGCUCUUCAUGACCGAGCACCAACUUAUAUGCGAAAUGAACCAGUUGGAUGCAGACAUGCCUUAUGGAGAGGCAGCAGUCAUUAUCCGUGACGCGUUUAUGUACAUGGUAUUUACAUUCGCCGUGCUGUCUGUAGCAAUAUCCUAUGUCAUGACGGCUCGGGCCGCUAAGAAGGCCUCAGAGAAACACAACAGCUUCUCUAAAGCCAGAAAGACCAUAGUGCUGCAUGCAAUUCAGCUGGGACUUUGCCUCCUGCCAGUGGCCUUACCCAUGUUCCACAAGUCGGCGGAGUUGUUGCACCUUAACGCUGGGGCCACACUCAUCGUCAGGGUUGCAUUUUUCCUGGCGCUGCACGUGAUCCCCCGCUUCAUGAGCCCCUUUCUGUAUGGCAGCAGGGACGAGGAGAUCGUGAAACACGUUCGGCAAUUAUUGGGCAUUCAUUCAAAGCGAGUGAUGCCAUAAGUGGUCAUGCUUCCUUAAGGAAAGGGAUCCGCAUUUAUGAGGCUCUUAAAUGCCUUAGUGCUCUAUUCGAUUUCAUUACUUUUAUGAACAUGAAUUAAUGGAGUUAUCCAAACAUCUGAAUAUAGGGCCACUGGUGCUGGAGAAAAAUGGUUAGCCCCGGUUAUAGCUUGCCUGUGGUUUCCUGUACUUCUCAAUCUAAUGAAAACUGUGUGCAUUACAAUAUUUGUGGAUUUAUAGUUAUCUUAAUCGUCCCAAUGCUCUGUGGCAGUCGAGCUAAACUACUCGUAUUGGGAGCCAUCUCUACACAGCAUAAGGUGUAGUCAAGCACCCUGAAGAACAUGGGCAUUGGUCCGCCGGUCGGAGAACUUGGUUGACUUUUUGUAGCUUUUCCCAAAUACGUCGAAAGUUAUAUUUUCAGCAAUUUAAGAUUACUUGACUAAUUUGAA